CUGUGAUUUUUGUUUGUAUUAUAUUCGAUUCAGCCGCAGAUGUCCCAGCUAGCAGAGUCGAAUGGCUUUCAAAUUUGCAACACGUCCACCUUUAUCACUUCAAAAUUUUUAUAAAAACAAACCGAGUCUAAAAGCCAGCAAAUACUUCAAGUUUCGUUCGGCUCAAACUCAAGCCGUGGAAGGCAUCGCAGCAAAACCGUUCAAAGAAAUCCCAGGACCAAAGGGUUUGCCCAUUAUUGGAACACUCCUUGAUUAUGUUCGCGAUCAAGGAGAAGGAAUACGGGGUUAUAAACGAAUGCACGUUAUGCAGCAGCAACGGAUUCAACAGUUUGGAUCGAUUUAUCGAGAGAAAAUCGUAAACUUUGAGACAGUGGCCAUCUCUAAUCCCGAUGAUGUGCAGUUCUUGUUUCGAAACGAAGGAAAGUAUCCCACUCGUGAACCAAUCUUCCCGCUUUGGAUGAAGUACAAGGAAGAGCGAAAACAGGCUCACGGAGUGUUCAGCUUGUAAGUCUAUUUUAUUUACUAAUAUAUAAAGACAAGUGUAAAUGCAGGUAUUAAAAAAUUAUUGUUGGUGAUAAGCCAUGCUGAAGGGCACGUUUAGUUACUGAUCGAGGACAGGACAGAGUUCAUACGCGCUGCGAAUCAUUGAAGAGGGCAGCGGGGGGGUUGGGUGUUAGAGCGGGUUUGAGGGCAUUGCUAUGACCUUGGUUGCUUUCCAUUCAGCCCAAAAUUCUGGAAAUUUCGGUUAGAAAUCAAAUCGAACGCACCAUUUUGGUUCAGUCCAACUGGAAUUACCACACUAUGGCCAAUCCACUAAUUUUGAUUAGUCAGACCAAAUGUCCCUUUCCAUUUGACAAUUUCCUCUGGUUGUCCCCAGUACCGCUCUUUGGCAUCCUGCUUACAAGAACAAUAACCAAAUGCGUGGUGGCUUGGGUCUGGUCUGUGCAACCAGAAUGUACUGUUCCAUUCGGGACAUGGAAUUUCUGAAAUUUCAAACUGGAGUUUUUGUUGAAUGGAAAGGGCCCCUUGUGACCAUGCCAAAAAUUAGAAUUUAGCAAUGGUUGAUGUAAUUCAGAACAAACGUUUUGGGUACUUAAACAGUUCACAGGCUUUAUAAUUUUUCAGCUAUAGGUCUUUUUUGUUGUUUGUUUUUGUUACCGGCAUAAAGGACCCCAAUUCUGGGAUAAAAUUCCUGGUUUUUCAGGCUGUUUUGCUCUUGAGUAAAAUCCAGGAAAAAUCCUGGGAAAGCUAAGAGAAACUUCUACACUAUCUGGACCCUGAGGGAAGACAGAGGUGCCAACAUCUGGAAAUCUAAAAUCUGGAGACUCUGCAGUGCUUGACCUUAACUUUUUAAAUCGCUGGUCCUUGGACUAGUUGAACUGAAAAUUUACUAGUCCUGAGUAAAUCUGUGGUAGUCCUUCCUGAUUGCAGCAUGACAAUAUUAUUUGCAAAAUCUUUUUACAAUUACAUUUCAAAGAUGAAAUGCCUGACUUUAAUGGUUCCAUCCUCUUGAUCAUAUGAAGAUUUCUUGGUCGUUUUAUUGCUGUUGCUCUCUUUUGUUUCCAAUGUCUUUUCUGUGUCACCACUACCUUCUUUCUGGCGUUUGUUUGGAUAAUCGCUGCUGUUAGAACUAGAAAAAUACAUCUCUAAUCUCUUCAUGAUAAUAACAUGGGCAGUCGAGCAAAGAUGGUGGGCUGGGAGUUCUUUAGUGCCCAGUCCCAACCUCAGCCUUAUUUAGUCUUCUCGCCUCAGUCGUCGCAUUGGACUAUCAUUUUUCGCGAUCGGAACAUUGCGAGGAAUGCAUCGAAACAGCGUUUACAAGACGUAUAUUUUGUUUUCACCUUGUAGUAUUUUUUAAACAUUACAAACUACAAAGUAGUUACUGGUCCUCUGACUAGUGGUUCUAAGUUUCUACUAGUCCAGAAGCAUUUUGCACUAGUCCAGGACUACAGGACUACCGCUAAGGUCGAGCACUGACUCUGUCUGUUAAUUGCACUUAUACCCUCCCCCUCCCGGAAAUUAACCCAGCUUCCAAAUUAUGAAUGGCUUAGGACAUUAUAUGAAGUCUUCCACGAGGUGCAUCACACAGAUUUAGUAUAAUUAACAUAUAACCCAUUCACACCCCCAAGUGGCCUCAUUUUAAGUUAAUGCAAUCCUGAUAAACAGUAACUGCUCGAAAGGCAGACUUUAUGCACUUGCCAAAAUUAGCAAUAUAACUUAUUCAUAAAAUGAAGCCUCUACUCUUUUUCCAUCACCUAUGGCUAUGGAAAGAUUCUGAUAAUCUAUUGGGGGAUGUGUGUGUGUGUGUGUGUGUGUGUGUGUGUGUUGGAGAGGGGGGCAUAUCAUGUACUUGUGUAAAAUUUGGGGGGGGGGAGUGUGUUCUACAGUGCUUUCUGAAACUCUUAUCCAAUUGCAGAUAUUUGAUUUUUGUUGUUCUAAAGAACAAAAUACAGUGUACUUCACCCAUAGUCAGACCCACCCUUGGUAAAAAAUUGAAACCUAAGCUGCUCAUACCUUCUAUAGCUCUUACCAAGGAGUAACCCUAUUUCCAACCCAAGGGAUUAAAUGUGACUUGACCCAGAGAUCUGACUUCAGUAGAAGAGGUUUCAUAUUAACAAGCAUUAAUGGAGCUUGUCUGACACCUUCAGGUUAUUUAAGAACACAGCUGCACACCCCACCUGCUGCUGUUCAGUGAAAUACUAAUACUGAUUAUCAGUGGGCAGGCUUACAUGUGGCAUGCCUGAAUCACUGCUAUUCACACAGUACCACAGUCUUUGAAUGAAGGGGUGUGUGGAAGGCGCUCCCCUAAUGUAAUGUCAAAUCCUCCUUUUGUUUUACAAGUAACCUUAUUAAAGCAUUUUGCAAGGAGAAUUUAGCAGUAUAUAAGGACUCAUUAAGGCGCAUUUCUUCCAAGUACUCUUCCAAAUUUUACUUUUCGUUCUUGCUGGUCAGAUUGACGUCUAAUCUUCAUAUGACUUGUUGUAAUUAUAGGCGUGGUGAAGAAUGGUACAAAGUUCGCCGUAUCUUGAACAUGAAAAUGUUAAAGCCCAAAGUUAUUGGCGAAUAUGCACAAGGCCUGAAUGAAGUCUCUUCUGAUCUCUUGUCACGAUUGAAGCAAACUCGUGAUGAUGAAGGACUGAUUCCCAACAUUCAGGAUGAACUCUUUAAGUGGUCACUGGAAUGUGAGUCUAGCAAACCAUUUUCUUUUGAAGAGAUCAUGCAUUUUAAGUAGAUGGUUGAGUGGGGAGUUCGAAACUGUGCAAAUUUUACUCCAUAAUUUCUUCCAAAGCAACAUGAUUUUCUUUAACGUUAGGGAACAUUGAAAUUUAAUCUACCUAAACCGUACUGUUAAAUGAGGUGUUGUUGUUGUUUUUUUUAUAAUCAACUACUGAUUAAUGUUUUGUAUUAGAAUUAAUGUAUCAACAUUUUGCUUCUGAGUUUGUCCUCAGUGUAUUGCCCCCUUGUCUGGGCUCUUUUAACCCUUUAAGCCCCAGUUAUAUCCACAUACAAAUUCUCCAGACUGAACUCCCGGCUAUACUCUUACGUAAACAGGAUUAGUUUAGAGAAAUAUAUCAUUGACAAAAAAAAUUUAAAGCUCUUUUCUUUUGGUGACAAUUUUAUUUAUUUCUCACAACCUUUUCUCUUGUGUAAAAAAAUGAUAUUGUUAGGAGAAAUAAUAUGUUGGUUAUACUCUUGAGACUCAAAGGGUAAUAAAUAUCCAAAAGAUUUGGUCAGAUCAGUAAAAUGCUCUAAGCAUGGGCACCCAACGACUGUUUUCUGUAGAAAUAUCUGUUCGAAGAAGCUAAUAUUGCCUAGAAAUUGUUAUUGCUUGUGACGGCUACAAGUUUCUAGAUGACUGUUCUAUUCAUGUACAAUUUUCGAAAUUUGUCUAAUAAAUUCCCUACUGUUUUCUGGACCUGGAGCUUAAUUUUUCACAUUUUCCCCCCCCUCCUCCACCCCCCCCCCCCCCCCCCAAGUAAUGCUGUUUAUCGUGGAAACCUAAAAUUUUCGGAUUCAAAAAUGUAAUAGAGGUAGGAAUCAGAAAAAUUGUCACGUUUGGAAAGCUAUAAUUUGCAUGUAAACCCUUGAAAUUUCGAAAAGACUCAAAUAUGACCUAACAGAUACAAAUUUUAUAGCGCCGCUUACAAUGUAUUUCUAGAGAUCUAGAACUACUCUGGAUAGCCUGAAAAGUGUUUUCAACGUAUUCAGGAGGAAAUCGUCCUUAGGUGCCCCUGUGGUUUUUCGUCCCUUUUAGAGAUUUUAACUAUUAAUUUUACAGAUACCAGCUAACAAACGCAGUACAUUCACCUCAAGACCCUACUUGUUGGUCGGCCUUAAAUCAAACCGUGGAUUACUGCUUCGAAGUCUGGUAUCCAAAGAGCUAAUUCUAUUUUUAAUUUUCUUAUGCAGCGGUGGGAACAGUUCUGUUUGAAACAAGGUUUGGUUCAUUUAGCAAGUCACCUUCUGCUGAAGCAGCCAAGUUUAUUGAAGCCGUAGAGAAAUUAUUUGAAGUAUUUCUAAAAGCGUUUCCUAUUCCAGUCUGGAUUGAUAAGUUUUACAGGCCAACAUUGUUUACGGAGUUCUAUGAUUGUAUGGAUGCCAUGUACAACUUUGCUGAUAGAUGCAUUGAGAGAAGGUUGGAGGAGAUACGAGAAAAGUUAGAAAUGGGGAACAUAAGAGAUGAAGAUGCUGCAGAGUUCUUAACCUUCUUGAUCAGUAGAGAUGAUAUCAAUUCUAAAGAAAUAACAGCGAAUUUGGUUGAAAUAUUGAUGGCUGCUGUUGAAACGGUAAGAUAAUUGUAACAAAAAUAGUUAUAUACGUAAUAAUUAUAGUAAGUUUUAAUAAAUAACUUUAUAAGUAAUAGUCACAAUAAUGGCAAUAGCAUUGACACCAAUGACAAAGGUUAGGGGAAGAUGAUGAUGAUGAUGAUGAUGAGUGAUGAUGAUGAUGAUCAUGACGAGGAUGAGGACUUUGACGAUUACGAUGACGAUGAUGACGUCGACGACGACGACGACGGCGAUGGUGGUGGUGCUGGUGGCGGUGAUGCUGGUGAUAAAAAAAAAAAAAAGCAAAAGAAAGAAAAGAAAGAUGACAACUUCCAUGGUGGCCAAAUGAACGUCGCGUGCGGGAAACUUUAUAUCAUUUCCGGCGUCCUGGCCAUACGUAUAUACAACUGCAAAUAAAAGACCGUGUCCUGCAGCAUUGAAUACCCGAAAAAUUGUCCUCUUCUUUUUCAAGCUUCGCGAGAUUAUUAGUGACAAUUAUUAGUGACAAUUCGUUCCCUUUUUCGUUUACAAGUUAAUCGCACAAUCACAUAGUUAGGCAAAGAGUACGCUAGAAAAAUGUUUCGUUAAUUUAAAACAAUAAUGAUAAUGAUGAUUUAAACGGCAAGGUUUUGCGUAACAAGCUUUUCGUUGUAAAGGAAACCUUGAUCGUGUAACCGGCCGAGCUGUAUUCUUCAACUGUUAAGCAAGAAUUCAUGUCACUUGCACGAGGGUCAGAUGCCUGAUUUUUUAUUUUCAUUUUAUUGUUACAUGUAUUAUUUUUUGCAGACCUCAAACACGAUACAGUGGACAUUAUACUCGCUAGCAAGAAACCCUAACGUGCAAGAACGACUUCAUGAGGAAGUCACUUCAGUUCUCAAACCUGGAGAGCGUGCGACAGCCUCCACCUUACAGAAAAUGCAUUUUCUAAGGGGAUGUAUCAAGGAGACUCUAAGGUAUGUAUAAUCUGACACGAAUCUGGCUGAUCUUUUUCAAAUGUUAUUUCUUUACAAAGGACAGGAGUCAGUUUAUUGACUCCUGACAAGGUGACGCUAGAUCUCCCCGAUGCAUGGAGGGUCCACAAGAGGGGUUCUCAAAUCCCGCUUUCCCGCCAUUUCUUUCUUCUCAAUCCCGCCAUCCCGCCCCAUUUUACGCCCGAAUCUCGAUCCCGUCCCAUUUUGUUUACGAGAUUUUUGACAUUUUUUGCUUGAUCAUUGAAAUAGGCGUUAUAUAAGACUUACCUUCUAACAAUUGUCAGUUUUGAUGGUCAAGGUUCUCAACAUCACAAUUAGAGACCAUAACUUUAUUUUCUGUUUUGCUUAUUUUUUCGUCCUCUCAUCGGUACCUGUUUACUUCGAUACUUUAAGUCCUGUAUUUUUUUGAGUUAGGUAGAUUGAUGUUAUCUGUCUGUCUUACGAAGAUUCGACUGCUUUGCUCUAGUUUCUAUCAGGCGAUGAAGCCAAGUCUGUCAAUUGUUUACAUAGAGUGUAGGACAUGGAAAAUGAAUAUAAACACACUGGUCUCUUUUAAGGAAACAUAAACCUGCUAUUAAAUCUAACAGCACGACCAAAUGCGGAAACCCUUCCAAGCAGGAAGUUUGCUUCACCAUCCAAAGUGGCGACCCUUACAGAUCCUUCUCCUACUUGGUCUUCGGUUUCUUCUUCUUCCGCACUGCUGCUUGUAACAUAUUCGUCAGGAAGGCCGACAUCUCCUGUUAGGUCAACGCUUUCCCCUGGCACAAUGUCUUUCUCGUACAAGAAAUCGGGGAGCGUUCCAGCCCUAGCCAUGGUCGUUUCUUGUCGCACGGUUCUUUGACGAACUGCAGAUAGCAGUAAACUCUGGUCGACUCACCUGACUGUUUCUUUUAAGACUUUCAAGGUCUUCACUUGCCUUGAGACGGGAGCUCUAAUUUUUUCUUUCCGAAGAAACGCAUUCCCACUAGCACCUUUUUCGUAGUACAAAGCCACACAAUUGAUAAUGUCUACCACAUUGUCCACUUGUAUCAGCUCUGGUGUGGUCAUACUGUGGCCACACUUAUUUUAAUAACAAACGCUCUGUUCGAGGUCCGACAGGUCCGUCCAGGCAAAAGCAGAAAAGGUCAAAUCCGUCGACAAAACAGGAAUGAGUACAGGAUCUUAACGAACGCUUAACGUGACUUCUAACAGGGGCACCCAACGGGAAAUUUUGAGAAAAAGACAUAAAAAUAACAACAAAGCAUGAAUAAAGCUUUCUGAAGCCAUUUUAAGCAUUUUGGGAGAUUGCUGGGAAAAAAUGUAUCUGUUCCUCACUCCCACUGAAGGAAGAGUUCCCAGCCAGCAAGGUGUACCUACAACCUGCAACCUGACUUACUUGGAAGUUUCCCAGCAAACGUAUGUCCAGACAUUAAUGGUCAGUUUGGGUGUGGUCAGAGGGCAAAAUUCAGCCCUUCAGGGAGCGGGGAAGGGUGGGUGGCAAUAGGAAAUUGGGUGUUCAGUGGGGGGGGAUGGGGAAGAGGUUUCUGACAUAGCACUUAGCAGCUAUUCCAGACAUCAAAUUCUUUCAGACACCCUGAAUUGUCACUUACCCAGCAACACUUUCCUUCCAAGGACAUAGCAUUACUUCCACAUCUCCCAGCCAGCAAAAAAUUGCCAGAAGAACAGAUAUUUUGUGGAACAGAUCCACUGGGUGCCCCUGUUCUAACCUCAGUGAUUUGAUACCUCUUUUCGAGUGACGAAAACGACGAAAAUAGUAAAACCGGAAAAGACGAACAACACACAAAAUUGAUAAUGGGCAAAAUUUGACAGGCUUCACUUCCUUUGACACUCAUAGCUUGACUACAAAGGUGGUAUACACACUAAAGAACCAUUUUCUUUUUCAGUCAACGCUAAUAAAUCGUUAGUCAAGACAAAACUUAAUUCCUGUAUCCCGCUAUUUUUUUCUUAUGAUUCCCGAAUCCCAUCCCCAUAAAAAUAGGAAAUCCCGCUCCCGCUGGUUAUUAAAAUUCCCGCAUCCCGCUUCUGUUUUCAGCUCCUAUCCCGAAUAUCACCACAAAAAAUAGCCAAAUUCCGCAUCCCGCCAAACCUAUUGUGGACCCUCUGCAUGGUGGGCUGUAGCAAUUAACGGAUCAUUCACGGAAAUUGUUGUUUGUUUUGUUUAUUAAUUUAUUGACGGUUUUCUCCUCUAGGUUGUAUCCAGUCGCCUUUGAAAAUGCUCGAAUACUCUCUGAAGAAAUAGCCAUUCAAGGCUAUUGUAUUCCUCCUGAAGUAAGUCAGAUGACCGCAGAACUACCUAACACGCUUAGAGUGCUUUUGCAGUGUACGUGUGGUGUGUUACCGUCGUCCUCUAAGUUCGCUUGAGUUUAGUAAAGCUCUAAUCGUAUAAUUAGCAAGAGAAGUUUCUGUUUUAACGGUAAAAAACAAUAGCUGCAUGACUUGUAACACUGUGCAUCCUGAAAGUUUUUAUUAAAUUGACCUCUGCAGUUAAAGGAGCUGUGUCACGAAAUCAGGCAAAUUAGGAAAUUACAAAAUACCCGUUAAAUUAAGAGAAACAUAAAAAUAACCGCUUAACACGUUAAAGGAGGUUUAAAAUAACAUAAAAGAAACAACAGAUGCCACGGAUGGGCAAAAAUGAAGAAGAUUGAAACGGAUUGAAAUUAGGGUUUUUGAAAACUGUUCAGCCUAACAGUGUUUCAAAGUUUGUCCCCGCUGAUUGCAACUUCAAAAAUAAUGUUCAGGAGACAUAUUUGUUUGUCUCGGAUCUCUGAUUUUGUCAUUUACAUGUAAUUUCUUUGCUUACUUUAAGUUCCAUAGCGAUUGAGGGCGACUAAUUGGCAAAAUUAAAGAAAAUGAACUAGACUGCCGUGACACAGCCCCUUUAAGCUCAAUUAACGAUGUUUUCGUGUAGUAAUCGUUUUAGUAGUAAUCAACAAGCAUUCGCAUUUAUUUCAGAUGCAAAUUUGCAUUUAACAUGCAAUUUGUGUCUUCUGUACUUUGAGGAACCUCAUGCUCAGUGCUUCCUUUAGUUGCAAUACGUAGGUUUAAAUGUAAAGUAUGCAUUUAUACGUGCAGUACGCAUGCGCAUCGUACACUUGGAACUCAUAUCUCUCAAAUUUUAAGCACAAGUUGCCCGAGGGGUAGAUAAGUUAUCUACGUCGUUUCAGACGAUUACCGCUAGCUUUCCUGACUUUAUUCCUUGUUUAACAUUCGUUGUGUCUUGUAAGGUGGCUUUGUUUCUUUUUUUGUUGCAAGAAGAGUAGCCACGCGGCGACGUGCAAUGUGCUUUUUUAGCUUCUCUCACGGCGUCGUUACACACGUCAUUCGUCAGCAUCACUCACAUCACGCACUCAUUCACUCACGUUACUUGUCUGUUGCCGUGCGCGUCUACAUCGAAAGAAAGUACUUGGUACUGUCUUUUAAGAUAUAUCAUACUCUCAUACUCAUAUUUUUUAUUUUAAUCUUUUUAUGUUUGUUUGUUUGUUUGUUUGUUUGUAUGUGUAAUGACGUUGCCGCUGUUGUUAGUUACCUUCAAAGAAUACCGUCUUUCUAUGCAUCCUGUACAUUGUAAUUGAUCAUGUGCUUUCGUUUCCCAGACAAUGAUUCGUAUCCCUCUGUAUGUUAUGGGUCGUAACCCAGAGUUGUUUGAGGACCCGCUGGAGUACAAACCCGAGCGAUGGCUAAGGGAAGAUACACACAAGUCCCCUUACCACGCGUUUGCUUUUCUCCCCUUUGGAUUUGGUACCAGAAUGUGCCUUGGUAAGUGUAUUUUUGUACACUGAAAUUUACCUGAAAGCUUCUGUGAGAGCCAAUUAGAGAAGGUAAUCGUGACAACCUGUGAGCAGCAAGCACCAGACACCGUCACCCUGAAUUAAUGGGGACCUUAAGAUCCGACGACGGCGACGGCAACGGGAACGCCACAAAAGCAAUAGGUUUAAUUAGUAUGUGUAAUCAAAAUUAAUGGUGACGAGUGAAAUUAGGGAAUAAUUUCACGCGCGUUUUGUCCAAAUCCUUAUAAUUUAAAAAUUAUUAUGAUUUGCACAAAACGCAAGUGAAAUUAUUCCCUGAUUUCACGAGUAUACCAUUUGAUUACCUAUUAAUAUCAUUGGUGAUGAAUUACGUUAGCAAUCUUGGAUUUUUGACAUGUUUAUCCUGGAUCGUAUCGAUCGAGAACUCCUGCACUCUCUCGAACGUUUAGCGCUUAAAUUUGGCUGAAGUUCAGAGUUUGCCGACAAAAUACCCGUUAGAAUCCUUCUUGAUGUGCUCUUUCGUGUGUUCAGGUUUUCUACAGCGUCUUUUUGUGCCCUGACAUCUUCAUUCGUGACAUUUUAAAACUUCGUCGCCAUCUUGACACUGAGACGUACGGAAGGUUGCCAUGGCAUGUGAAAUUACAAAUUAACGCUGAAAUUUCGCGCCAAAAUUAAGGAGUAAUUCGUCACCUAUGAUAUUAGCAAAACAACAAUUUUGCACGUGCGUCACGCUUUUUUGUACAUUUCUUUGCCGUCACUGCACGACUACGACGUGAAAAUGCCUAAUUUCACGUUGUACAUAGGGAGUACACACUCUUUCUGAACUUGGAAAUGGUUCUUGGGAAUUCAACUGUAGAAGGGUUCGCCUACAUUUGACAAAGUUAAUGACUUGGAGUAAUCGCAAUGAAGAUUGAAAGAAGGAAAAUUCACUUUUUCAGCGACGCUUUCUCUGCCGUCGCCGUCCUCGGAUCUUAAGGUCCCUAAUAAGGACACGAUGGCAACGAGAACGUCAAAAAGCAAUUGGAUUUAUGAGCAAAAUAACAUUUCUUCACGUGCAUCAUACUUUCUGAUACAUUUCUUGUCGUUAUUGCGCAGGUAGGACAUGAAAUUGCCGACGUAAACGAACGAAGAUGAAUUGUUCUUCCUGUUAAUUACGUCUUGAAUGCGGUUUCUAACCAUUUUAGUCCAGGAAAUUCGCCUGCACCUGGCAAGUUAAUCUGGGUGGAAUUAUGGCGAUGAAGUUUGAGAGAACGCGAAUAUGGAAUACAUUUUAUGAGACGUUGUCAAUGCCGUCGUCGUCGGGGUUGUGUAAACUCCUUGAUAUUCUCAGGGGAAAAGUUUAAUCACUAAUAGUCCCUUGGAGGGAGGGACCAGAGUGCGCAAAUAACCAAGAGCAGUGUAACCGAAAUGGCUUGACCUUAGCAGUAGAGCUGUAAAUUUGCUUAGCCCUAAUAAAAGCCUUCAGACCACUCCGAAUAAUUUAGUGAAGGAGACCACUGGCCAGCGUUGUCUUGAUGCCUGAAUUACAGUUAAUCCCAUGAAAGUGUUCCGGACUUGAUACUUCUUUGUGAAACGAAAAGUAAAGUUCGUGGGCAUUUUCCGCGUUGCCGAAACGAAACUGAAAGUUUUCAGCAAUAUAGUUGCACUCAAGCUGCAAAGAAAGUUCUCAAUACCAGAAGGAUGUGAUUUUUAUGCUACGAACGUCGAACGUACAGAAAUCCGAUUCUCAAGAGUUUCAAACCCAUGGCGUUCUCAAACACCAUGCGAAGGCUAUAACCACCCAACUGCAGGACAUGUCGAGUUAGGUUGUUUACAAGGUUUUUUGUGACACGCCGUUCGUCAGCUUUUUCAGAGGAUCUUUUACUUUAUACCCAAUAUUUACCCACCUCUUCAGUACGGACAGGUCCUAUUUGCCCUCUUUUUUCCAUCAAAAGAUUGUUGAUAGAUCGAAAACUUACACCUAAGGGUUGUUAGGGGGAUGAAGGGGCGCACAGCCCAAGCAAAACCCGUAUGGGACAUAAUAUGACGUUCCUUCCUGAGCGCCCAAAGUGAUACCAAAAUGUGGAAUUAACACCCCUAAACGAGGCGUCAGGAGAGUAGGUACGCUUCUCGGCCAGUCCAUAUGUCUUAGAACUUUUCACUUUCCUUUGUUGUACAGGACGUCGUGUGGCUGAGUUGGAGAUGCAUCUUCUUCUGUCACAGGUAUGCAUUUAGGUAUUGUCUUUUCCUACCGUUUCAAUACACGCGUCGUUGCAGAUAAGUUGGCAACUGGGCUGUUUCAAAUAAUUGUAGACAAGAUCAUCACAGUUAAAUACGCAACUUAUGCAGUUGCGAAAAGAAAGCCUGAAAAAAAAAAUCAGGUUUGCAGGGAUUCGAACCCUGGCCUCUGCGACACCGGUGCUGCGCUCUAGCUAACCAGUUAAGCUAGCAAGCCAAUGGGGAGCUGGUCAUUAAAUUGGUUCGUAAUAUACCUGGGAAAGGUGAAGAUGAAAUGAUGAAUAUGUGAAUUUCAUACAUUUGAACUGCGGGAUGAAGAAAUAAAUACAGAGACGAUCAUCACCACCAAGAGCCAUUAUGGCUCUUGUUACAACUUAUGCAAUUGGGAAAAGAUAGCCUGAAAAAAAUCCAGGCUUGCCGUGACUCGAACCCUGACCUCUGCGAUACCGGUGGGAAAGAUGUAGGUGAAAUGAUGAAUAUGUGAAUUUUCGGCAAUGAUCUUUCUAGAAAUGACGCGUUAUGUAACGCGGGAACAAAGGGUUAAGUUCAUUGUUGCGAUUUUGUUGCUUUGGCAACUUUAGAACGCCAACCAGAUACAUAUACAAAGGCAACCUAAAGUUCCACCUCCCCAGGCAAAGCGAAUACCGGGAAAAGUAUCAUCUUUCCAAUUUGUCGAGAUUUUCUUUGUAUUAUGAUCCCGCCCGAUUGAAAUUUGUAUGGGGACGGCCCCACUAUACCUAGAAGACAUACAUGAAAAAGCACCCUUCAGAAGGGCUAACCUAGCAAGUGAAUGGUAACCCUCCUCCUUGAGCAACCUUACAGUAUCUGUCGAGUAAACGAAACCGGGAACCACGAUUGGGUAAACCUACAUGUUACUACUGUUUCAGGUAUCACAAAACUUCUGGCUUGAGUCACUGAAUGAAGCAAUUCCAGUGGUUACUUCCCUGUUGGUGCCUGACAAGAAGCUCAAAUUAAGAUUUGUAGAUCGCUAAGCAAAUGGUAGUUUACAAAAGCUUUAUCUGGGAACUUUAUUCUAAAAGCUAUCUCUCGCCGACGAUGAUUUCUCCCAUUUUCUAGGCUGCUUUUCCUUGCAGCACGUGCACUUUUUUUUCUCCAGAGAUUAUAUGUUUUGACUCCAAGGAAGAACAGAUGAGAAAUUAAAACCAUAUAAAUUGUGAUAAGUGGACCACAUCAAACAAUUUAUCCUCAUUCGAACUGACAGCUGUUCUCACUGUGCCAGAUAAAGACACCAACUUCGAUCCGAUUACGAAUUCUGCAAUCUGAUUGGCCAACGUACCUUAUUGUAGGAUAUUACCGCUCCAUGAAAUUAAGGUAUUGAAAUAAACGCGACUUAAGACGCGAAUUUAAUAGAAAACGACUACCGAAUAAAAGAAAUUAGCGCGAUAAAGAGGGUAACAUUUCUAAAUGAAAGAAAUGAACGCCAAGGUAACAAGAGAAAACAGGAACAAAGGUAAGCGUAUAAUUUGUCGUGGAAACUUGGUUUGUGAAACAUUCCCUUAGCAUAAGAAGAGGGUUCAGCGAACAAGUCUAGCCACUUCAAUGGUUCUCCACGGUUUCACUGAUACUCGCGGGUCUCCAACCUGAUAAAAUACUCUUUUUUACUUGUCAAGAUUGUCAAAAGUGUAUCAAGAAUUUGGGGCCCAUAAUUAUGGAAAAUAAGGUUGCAGACGCUCCACUUAAUUAACGGCACGGAAAUUAACGUUCACAGAAAUUAACACGACUUAAGUUAUAAAUCGCGUAUUUUUCACGAAGCGUUAAUAAGGUACUUACUUUCUAUUGCAUGAUAGAGAGUGGGUAGCGAGACGGCAUAUUGAAUAUCACACAAAUCGUUAACUUACAGCCAAAAAUAAUAAUGGUUCCAGAAUAGACUCUUGUGGUACUUCACUUGUAAUUUUCUUCUUAGAUGAUAGCUGGCCAUUGACGAAGCAUCACUGCUCAACGCUCUUUCAAAUUUUCCAAGCGUCAAGAUGCUGUGAUUAAUUGAGUCAAGAAAUUCUGCGCCAUUCAAUGUACUGACAUCCACAUUCUCUAGCCAUUCAUCUAUUCAGUUUUUAUAGCAUGGAGAUUUCAGUUAGAUAGCGAUUAGAGCUAAGGAAAAACCUCUAAUGCUUUGCCCAGUACACCUAAAAUAGAAAUGGCACAAUAGUUGUCACAUUGCCGUCUGUCACCAUUCAGGCGUUACACGCGCGCACUUCCAUUCGUUUUUAUAAAUGCCUGUUGUAAGGGACCGGUUAAAGAUGAACUAGAAAUACGUGUUUCGCAGAAACUCGUGAAGCUCGGGGG